AACGCGUUACGGAACUGAUUUAAAAUCCCGGCUUCAAAGUUUCCUCCCAAUUUCCAACAAGAUUUUCUUGUAACCGGUUCUAAGGAGCGCAGACAGUUCCGUUGGGAAAUUGCACUUCGCACUUUUCGGAAGCGGGGUUGGAGAGAGAAUAAUUAGAUACAUAAGAACAAUCACGAAGCCUACUACAACCGAGCCGGGUGUAGUGCUAGUGUGAUUGUGGGUUGGUCUGGCUCAGGGCUUCAGACCAUGCAAGGAUUGAAGCAACAGGAGUACUACCGGGCUUGCACCUUCUCCAGUCUGCCGGCCAUGAUGUUUCCUGAUCCAUCAUACGGGAAGACAGCUUGGACUCCUCAACCAAGUCCACAGAACCAGACGCCAUGUUAUCCUCACAACUCCCUGUCUUCGAUUGCAAAGUCGCCAUUAGACUCCAAUCACUCGCCUUGGAGACCACAAGGCAGCGGUCAGAUCCAGCUGUGGCAGUUCCUGUUGGAGUUGUUGUCGGACAGCCAGAACGCCGCCUGCAUCACGUGGGAGGGGACAAACGGGGAGUUCAAACUCGUGGACCCGGAUGAAGUCGCCAGACGCUGGGGGGAGAGGAAAAGCAAGCCCAACAUGAACUACGACAAACUGAGCCGUGCACUGCGGUACUACUACGACAAGAACAUCAUGACGAAGGUUCACGGCAAGAGAUACGCCUACAAGUUUGACUUUGCCGGUUUGGCUCAGGCCAUGCAGCCUGCCAGUGCGGACCCUACCUCCUACAAGUACCAACAGGACUUCUUUAUGUCAUCUUAUCACAACCCUAAAUUAAACUUCAUGAACGCGCAUGCGCCGAUGCCUAAUUCUUCGUCCAGUUUCUUUGCCUCUCCGUCAAGUUACUGGUCUUCCGGAGCCGGCGCCAACUUGUAUCACAAUAUCCCAAACCACGCCAUGUCCCACCAUCCGUCACACAUGCCGUCGCACUUAGGGACAUACUAUUCAUGAUCGGCCCCAGUAAAUUAACGUCAUCCCUUAAUUAAAAUGUUGGAACGCGAGUGUCGGGUCGUUUUCCCAAGAGCCAAGCCGUCCAGCACUGGAGUAAGACGAAUCUAGACUUUCAGGGAGCUAAAUCGACCCGUGCUUAUCGGUAAAACAAAUUGAAUCAUCGGGGUCGUGGUAAUUAAUGGAAGGAAAUGUUAGAGAGGGUGCGACAGAUUAAACUCCCCUCAAUCGAUACCUGAUUUUCGGGCCUCUUCUUUUAAAGAGUUCCCGAACUGAUAUGUAUCAGCAACAGCGGAAGACGCAGACAAGAAAAAUAUUCUGCAAUUAAUUUUGUUCUCCCCUGAUAUACUUCAAGUCAGAGUCGCUAUCUCGACGGCUGGAAAAUUGGAUUUCCUAUCCGGCUAGUGACGCGACGUGUAGAAACAUGGCAUCCUCAGCAUUAUCGCUUUCUUAAGUGCCUUGCAGCCCAUCUUUGUGGGGAUAGUCCAUUUGUGGAGAAAUAAAUAUCCUCGAUGGAGGAAGAUUGAUUGCAGUUGGAGGCAGAGGAGUGAGUCUCAAGAUGACAUCAAUGCUGCUGGUUGCACACAGGAAAGGGGCCAUUCAUCUCUGCUCACCCAGGCACCUUACAGCGACCUAGGCCAUGGGGGACACCAACAAACUUGGACAAACAAAUUAGGCCAGUUUUUUUGCAGUGAGUGAUGAUAUCGGGUUAAGGUGUGACGGUUCCUGGAAUAUUGUCUGUGGGCAUAUCUCCGGCAGCAUCUUCUCCGAUCCCACAAGUUGAAUUGUGGACCUGUGACUGAUAUUAUGGUACAUUAUAACACCUGGUGUCAUGUGCUACUUGACGUUGUGUCGGACGCUGUAGUCCGAACAUGACCGUUGUUAUUGAACUCGUGCUAUGUGACGUAUUUAUUGAUCUUGUGAUGUCUCGGGGGUUGUUAAUGCUACCUCUGAAUGCUUGUACAUAACAGAAAAUAAAAACUGUACAUAUAUUGAA